AUGUGCCGUAUCUACGCUGUUUGCAUCCUCCUUCCUGUUUAUAUUCUUCAACUCCUCUAUCGCCGCCUCUCUACUAUUCCCAGAAACUUUCGCUGCGUUGUAUCCCGAUGGAAUAAGCUCAUCGGCGAGGCAGAAACAUACCGUCGGCAGGCCGCAGUGCAGGCUCAGCUCCAGCUGGAAGGGAAGUAUAUGUUCCCUAAAAAUGAAGUUCUUCGCGUCAACCUGUCUGGAAAGAUGUGGGUUAAUGGGAUUCCGUGGUACGAAAACGUUGAAGAGUUUGUUGUCUGUGGCGCAAGAGUAAGAUAUAUUCAUUUAAAGCCGACUGCGAAUGGUGCGGCGAAUGGCAGCCAUUCGAGGAAGAGGCCCAUCGUGUUUCUCCAUGGGAAUAGAGGCUGGAGCUAUAUGUGGAGAAAGGUUAUGACCAGACUGCUUCUAGAAGGGCACGAGCUGUUUGCUCUCGACUGGCUCGGCCAUGGACUGAGCGACAAGCCUGUCCAACGAGAUGCUCUAACAUUCGAGUUGCAUAUCCAGACGCUGAUCGCCUUUGUCAACCAUGUCGAGCUUGAUAAUGCUAUCUUGGUAGCACACCACUGGGGCGGAUGCAUAGCUCUUUCAACAAUCCCAUACCUGCCCUCCUCAUCGUUCCGUGGCCUCGUCCUUAUUAAUUCCUUUUUACCCCCACGCCCUCAGGAGGUCAGUAUCCACUGCUACCUUCUCCACGCCGUCUGGUUCCUCUUAACCGCAGUCCUCGAUGGAUAUGCCUCUCAAUCCACCAUCGCGCGCUUUAUCUCACCACACAUCUCUGAGAAAGAUGUUGAAUGCUACGAGGCUCCGUACCAGGAUCUCCCUACAGCCACCAGAUCCAGCGCCGAGCGCUUUUCACGCCACGCCCCUGGCAUACCACACUUUAGUUUGAGAGGCGUUCGCGAAACACAAGGAUGGAAGAUGUGCGAGGCCGUCUUGGGGCCUAAGAACUUCAGUGACCUGAACACGCUGGCACUUCUGUCAGAAAGGGAUGACUUUGUCAGGUCCUACUGGCAGAGACAGCGCGAGGAAGACCUGGACAAGGAAAUCGGGGGCAGACUGAAAACAGUCGUGGCCUUUGGAGCGCGAGAUCCACUUGUCAGAGACUACAAGGAUGUUCUGGUGCGUGUUGUUGGCAAGGAUAAUAUGGUUGACUGGGCCCCGAAUGGGAUCUGGCUUCCGAAUGCAGGACAUUACCCUAUGGAGGAUAUCCCGGAUGAUAUUGCACAAUUGAUAUCCAGGCUGUGCUGA